AUGGUGAUAAGGCGUGUAGAGUCGACAGGGGAGGAUCCUAUAUAUACAUGCGCCACGGAUGAGGACACCGCCUGCCGCCGGGCGCCUCGCUGGGAGAGGUCCACGGCUUGUCGUGGCGACGCCCGCUCGCCGCCGGGGCUUCCUCUGCUGGACCGAGUGCACGGAGCGGCCGCGGGAGGAAAAGCGGGGGUCGGCGGGCCGACCGUUCAUGUGGGCGCGGGCAGCCGAUUGGAGGAGGGGAGAUUCGGAAGUGACGGGCGGCGGCGGGGCAGCUCUGAGGGAUCUCUCGUCGGCGGCGACACGGCUCCCAACGGCGACAGCGACCCUCCAUCCCUCCCAGGCUCGAGCUGUAGCAUGAUUAGCUGUAGUAAGAUUGAAUUUAUACAGGUUGAAUCUGUUGAAUCUGUAACAAUGAAUUUAUACAUGAUUAGCUAUAGCAUGAUUAGCUAUAGCAUGAUUAGCUGUAACAAUGAAUUUAUACAGAUGGAUGCUAAUGAAAUAAGAAGAUCUUUAAUUAUUAAAGCUGUUGCUCUAGCCGCCGCUACAUUUUAUUAUAUUCUGAAUGUGAGGAGGAAGAUGAAAAGGAAACGGAUUUCAUAUGCCCCAAUGAUUGAUAUGGAAAUGAAACGAAAUGACUACCUUUCUAGUAUUUACCAUAAAGAUGAUACGAGUUGUUUGCGCAUGCUAAGAUUGAGGAGAGCACCAUUCUUUUUAUUGUGUGAUACACUGAAACAAAGAAGCCUUCUUUCUGAUAGUAUCCAUUGUUGUGUUGAGGAACAAGUAGCAAUGUUCCUUCACACAAUUGGUCACAACGAGAGGAAUGCUGUUGUAGGAAAAAAUUUCAAGAGAUCAGGGGAAACUGUCAGUCGCUACUUUAAGUUAGUACUUCGUGCUAUCGGUGAACUUCGUGAUGACCUUAUUAGGCCUCCAUCUCUUGAAACUUCAGUCAAAAUCCUUGGAAAUCCUCGAUGGUAUCCUUACUUUGAGAAUUGUAUUGGCGCAAUUGAUGGUACACACAUACGAGCUAGUGUCCCCAAGUCUCGUGAGGCAGCUUUUCGAGGUAGAAAGAGUUUCACAACCCAAAAUGUGAUUGCCGCGGUAGACUUUGACCUUCGCUUCACAUAUGUGCUAGCUGGUUGGGAGGGUUCGGCACAUGAUGCCGUCGUUCUAGCUGAUGCCUUACAAAGGCAGAAUGGUCUCGUUGUACCUGAAGGAAAAUAUUACCUAGUUGACUGCGGUUAUGGUGCAAAGCCAGGGUUCUUACCACCUUUUCGUGGUGUCCGAUACCACUUAAAAGAGUGGGGUAAUGAUAACAGGCCAGAAAAUGAGAAGGAAUUAUUUAAUUUAAGGCAUUCACAACUACGGGUUACUGUUGAGCGUGCCUUUGGAUCCCUGAAGAACCGUUUUAAGUUUCUUGAUGAUGCUCGACCUUUCUUUCCUUUCAAAACACAAGUAGAUGUUGUUCUUGCAUGUUGCAUCCUCCACAAUUGGAUAUUAUCGCACGGGGCAGAUUGUUUUCUCCCACCUGAGGAAGCAUGGACAACAAACCAACCUUCUAGUUCAACAAGUUCCCAUCAGGAGCAAGUACAAGAAAACAGACAAUGGGUUCAGUGGAGGCAGCAACUUGCAAAUUGGAUGUGGGAAACUAGAACAGCUUCCCAUGUACAAGAAAAUUAGAUCAUAAAUUGCAAAGUGGCAUCAUUCUUUGGAU